UCGUCGUUUCCUACAAUUAUUUUGUCUAUUAUAUGCGGAAAGUGGGAACAUUUUGCCUUGUGGUAACUUGCAAAUUGUUUAAUAUUCAAGAUAUUUAAAAAAAAAUUACUACUCGCUUAUGUUAUUUUAUGAACAACGGAGGUGAAAAUAAAAUGUGAGUGACAAAUUAUGAGAUGUCAUUGUGUUGACUUUAAUGGUGAUGCGAUGUGAUGUGUUUACGAUCAGUGAAAUGUACAUUGGUAUGUGUUUCCGUAUUAGACACAGUAAAAUGUCGACCAAUCGGUGACGGAAGUCACAAAAUUAGUUUCGAUAUUACUUAAGAACAAAUAAAAACAAUAACAUGUGACUAUUUGUGGUUGAUUUGUGUGCAAAGAGAUCUAGUUUCCUUUCGUAAAUUAAUUGCAUGAAUUUAUUGCUUCGAAUGCUGUCCAAUGGAUUCCGAAUCAGAACAGAGCUCGAAUACCCAGUUAAAAAAUGAGAAGACGAAAAAAAUGGAGACAGAAAGUACAGACCUGACUUUGGAUCAAGUAUGCAAGCAAGUCAGCAAAUUGGAUGUAGAUGACGCCGGCAAUGGCUCUGAAAGUUCGACAGAUAGCGAAGAUUUGGUAAACGCUAUUAAUUAUAACACUAUAACAUCUUUAGCUGCACUUAAAGAUAUUAUUCAAGGAGAGAAUGACACUCCCGAAACUGACAGUUUCUUCCAACAUUAUUUUAUGAACCAUUGCAACAAUCUUUCGAGUCGUAACACUAAUUCCCCAUUUCCGUUUGUGGAGAGACGACGCCUAUCACAAUGUCGUGAAGAAGACGAGGAUGAUGAAAAAAAGAAAGAUACAUCGGACGUGCUGGGUAAAGCUUGGCUGGCUCAUAGGAGUACAGACCACAUAGAAAAUGAUAUACAUAGCAGCAAAAAGCAAUCCCAGGAUGAAGAUUCUUCAACAGAUGAGCGGGAAUCUUCUAAGCGCACUGUAAUGGGUGCAAAACACAAAUUCUUAGUGACUACCGCCGAAGCAGCUCCACCUCCGCCAGCUUCUCAGUUUGAGAAAGCUAUUCGUUCACAAGUUCAUAACGCUCACACAGUACAUUUUGGUACGAAAGGAGCGGAAGAGCAAAGACGAAGUGUGCGAUCAAUUUUUGCUGGGGAGAACCUUCACCGAGAUAAGAAUUAUUUUGACAGUAGUUUAAUAGAAAUAAGAUCUACGGUGGACGGCAUACCGACCAGCUCAGAAGAUAUAUGGGUGAUGCGAAAAGAAGAAUUAAAGAAAGAAGUUGUUAAGCCCAAAUCUAAAGUAGUCGAUCCGCUCAAACAAUCUGUAGAAGAUAAGCUGGAUAAGAAAGAAGCCAAGCGGAGCCGAUCUGGCACUUGGGGAUCGCAGGCUUCAUACAAAGAAAUCGAAGCUGUGAAGAAAACAAAUCUUAAAAAAGAAAAAGAAAGAAGGAGCAGUGAUGAGAGAAGACAAAAACGAGACCAGCGUUUGGACGCAGCUAUCACCCGUAGCUCACAAUCAGUUGGUGAACGGAAGCGUCGAGGAUCUGCUGACGAUGGGCAGGCUGACCAACUAUAUCAACAAACUAUACACGGUACAAGUGGGGUAAGCAGACGUCCAGCCUUGUUUGAUAUUUUCAAAUCACGUCCCCGCGGAGAUGCAAAGCGACACAUGUCUAUAAUGCAGCAAUUUAAGUCAACUGUUCAGAAUAUGACAAAAUCAGGUGGCGGGCCUAAAGAUGGUCAGAAAACCGAGGCAGGAGAUCAAGGCACUGUAUCUGGCUCUUCUUCGCCUCAUGCCCACGGUGCAGAUUUAAUGUCCGGUGGAGUCCAGAAAAAUGAGAAAACAGUCUCCGAUACCAGCGAAUUAGCUUCAGGACCUAACUCAACUGUUACACCAUCUACACAGCAAGGAAGUGACGCAAUGUACGCUCAUACUUUGCGUCCGGAAUUGUUGUAUAGGCGACAAAGUCCAAUUGCAAGAGUACUCGACAUGUUUAGAGGCAUGACAUCAGCGAAUCCUCAACCAGAACAAGUUAAUCAGAAACGACGAAUGAGAACGUUUUCUACGCCACGUGCUUAUGAUCGAGGUGUCGAAUUACGCCGAGAGAGGGCUCAGGAGGCUGCAAAAAGACGUUCUUCGCUUGAUAAUUGUUCUCGACCGGGUCGUCAUCGCGGCUCCAAUGCCCUCAUUGACCCAGAACGCGCUGCGAUGUUGUUCCGAGACGCUAGGGGGUUACCCGUAGCUGAUCCUUUUAUAGAAAAAUUGGAUCCCGAUGGCGCAACGAGGGAUGAUUCGCAGAUCUUCGUGAAAUUCUUCCGAUUCCACCAGUGCUACGACUUGAUCCCAACGUCUGCUAAGCUCGUGGUCUUCGACAUCCAGCUCCUCGCGAAGAAGGCGUUCUUCGCUCUCGUCAGCAAUGGCGUUCGAGCUGCACCGCUUUGGGACAGCCAGAAAGGAAAGUUCGUCGGCAUGCUUACGAUCACUGAUUUCAUUAAGAUCUUGCAAAUGAACUACAUGCAUUCUGGCGUCGCUAUGGAAGAAUUAGAGAACCAUAGCUUGUACACUUGGCGCGAUCUACUGAACGAUCUCGAGAAGCCUCUCGUCUCUAUAACGCCAGACGAUUCUUUGUACGAUGCCAUAUAUACUAUAAUACAUAAUAAAAUACAUCGACUGCCAGUAAUAGAUCCUGCAACUGGUGAUGUCUUGUAUAUCAUAACACAUAAGAGGAUACUCCGAUUCCUUUUCUUAUAUAUUAAUGAAUUACCGAAGCCGAGAUACGUGAACAGUUUACUUCGCGAUCUGGAUAUUGGUACAAUGGAUAACAUAGAGACGGCUACAGAAGACACGACCAUCAUUCAGGCACUGCACAAGUUCGUUAACAGAAGAGUGUCAGCGUUGCCUGUUGUUGAUAGUGAAGGACGACUUAAAGAUAUCUAUGCGAAAUUCGACGUUAUUAAUUUGGCGGCAAAAAGGACUUACAAUAACUUGGACGUGACCAUAAAAGAGGCCAAUAAACAUAGGAACGAAUGGUUCGAAGGAGUUUACAAAUGCAAACUCGAUGAGACGUUAUAUGAUAUUAUGAAGAGGAUUGUAAGAGCAGAAGUACAUCGUCUUGUCGUUGUUGAUGAUGAGGACAAAGUAAUCGGCAUAAUAUCGCUGUCUGACCUACUCAGCUACAUGGUGUUACGAACAGGAGGGAACGGGACAGACGUUCAGCCCAAAGAGCAUGCUUCUAUCGAAGAAGCGGAUGAAAACCCCGAAAAACCUGCCCAAGAUCAACAGGUUAACGAUUCAGUGAAGGAGGAAAGCGAGACUGAAAAACCGUAAAACCAAUGUGAUUGUAAGAAUUUAGGUUAAGAGAUUAUUUUUUAGUUGUUUACGUCUACGCGUUACGCGAUAUCAGAUAAAAUACUUUAAUAAAACUCGAUUACUUUUUUUUUAAUUCUCUAUAAUUGACUCAUAAAAGCAACAUGCAUUUGUUUUUUUCUGAUUACAUUAAAAGGAAUGGAUUUAUCGUAAUACUGUUACAAUAGUGGGAUUAUAAAAAAUCUUUUUAAUAAUAUAUUGGUUUAUAUAAUCGCCUAAUUGCUUUUAUAUGUCAGUAAAAUG